AUGGUAAAAAAUUCAUUCAUCUCGGGUAUUUCGCAAGAAGAAAAAGAAGAAAAAGUAGGAUCUGUUGAAUUUCAAAUACGCAGCCUCACCAAUAGGAUACGAAAACUUUCUUCACAUUUGGAAUUGCACAGAAAAGACUAUUUAUCUCAGAGAGGCCUACGUCAAAUUUUGGGAAAACGCCAACGGCUGCUGUCUUAUUUGUCAAAGAAAAAUAGAAUAUGUUAUAAAGAAUUAAUUAAUCAGUUGGAUAUUCGGGAAUCAAAAACUCGCUAA